AUGCAGUUGUCAAGUUACGAAAAUAUUACCCAAGAGAAUAUUAUCUUUAAUGAACCCAAAGAAUACAAAGUAAAAGAUACCAAGAUUAAAUACAAACGUAUCCCAAUUGAAGUCAAAUAUCCAAAUAACAAAAAAGGACCACUAGUAGUUGAAACUCCAUUUCUUUUUAGCUUUGGUGUUAAUGAGAAGAAAAACCAAGAAACAAACAAGUUAGUUGGUUAUAGUAUUCCAGUAUGUCUUUGGGCUAAGGAUAGCGAACCGAAUACUAAAGAAAAAGCAUUUUUUGAUUUUAUUAAUAAUGUAACAACUCUAUCUCAGCAACAUUUAGAGAAUGAAUAUGGUCCAGAUUUAGCAUCAUCUAUGUCUUCACCAUUUUAUUACAAACAAAUAGAGUAUACAGAUAAGAAAGGAAAAGGUAAAACAAAAGUUGAUGAUUCAUCUGCUCCAGUACUUUACGCAAAACUUAUUUACUCAGAAAAAUCAAGGAAAAUUCUUACUCUGUUUAGGGGAAAGGGGGGAAAGGAUUUAAAUCCUUUUAAAUAUAUUAAUCAGUACUGUAAUGUUAAAUUAGCAUUGAUAAUUGAAGGAGUAUUUAUAAGUAAAAAUGUUACAUCUUUACAAAUAAAAGUACACGAGUGUUAUGUCAAACCAUUAGAACCUAGAAAGAGUUUACUUACAAUUGACGAAAAAAGUAGUGAAAGUGAAAGUGAAAGUGAAAGUGAAAGUGAAGGGAUAACUUAU